AUGAAGUGGAAUACGGGGCUGCAGGCCGCCGUCCUGGCCUCGCUCCUGUUCGCAAGCACCGCCCUUGCCGAGCACACCAGCAACUGGGCCGUUCUCGUCUGCACGUCGCGCUUCUGGUUCAACUACCGGCACCUCGCCAACGUCCUCUCCAUCUACCGCACCGUCAAGCGCCUCGGAAUCCCCGACUCGCAAAUCAUCCUCAUGCUGCCCGACGACAUGGCCUGCAACCCGCGCAACGCCUUCCCCGGCACCGUCUACAGCAACUCGGACCGCGCCGUCGACCUGUACGGCGACAACAUCGAGGUCGACUACCGCGGCUACGAGGUCACGGUCGAAAACUUUAUCCGCCUGCUGACGGACCGCGUCGGCGACGAGAUGCCCCGCUCCAAGCGCCUGCUCACCGACGAGCGCAGCAACAUUCUCGUCUACAUGACGGGCCACGGCGGCAACGAGUUCCUCAAGUUCCAGGACGCCGAGGAGAUUGGAGCCUUUGACUUGGCGCACGCCUUUGAGCAGAUGUGGGAGAAGAAGAGAUACCACGAGAUCCUCUUCAUGAUCGACACUUGCCAGGCAAACACCAUGUACAGUCGCCUCUACUCGCCCAACAUCAUUGCGACCGGCUCCUCCGAGCUCGACGAGUCGUCCUACUCGCACCACGCCGACAACGACGUCGGCGUGGCCGUCAUCGACCGCUACACAUACUACAACCUCGAAUUCCUCGAGUCGCAGGUCCGCGACAUGAACAGCCAGCAGACGGUCGGCGAGCUGUUUGACAGCUACGACUUUGACAAGAUCCACUCCAACGCCGGCGUCCGCUACGACCUGUUUCCCGGCGGCGCCGAUGGCGCGCGCAGCCGUCUCAUCACCGACUUCUUUGGCAACAUCCAAAAGGUCGAGGUGGACCGCGCGCAGGACCAGGCUCUCGACGAGGAGCUGCGCGGCCUCGGCAAGACCAUUGCGCUGCUACGCGCCAAGGCGGCCGCGGAGGUCGUCGCGCAUCACGCCAACAACUCAGCCGCGUCAGCGCCCGUCAGCGCGCCGACGGGUGCUGCUGUCGGCUCAGCGCGCAAGCUGCAGGGCGCAACGGCGCUCACGACGGAGAACUGGCUCACGCGCAAGGCUAUUGGCGCGACGGCGCUGGUGGGCUGUGUUGCACUGUGGGGGCUGGGUGCGAUUCUGGAAAAGUAA